AUGAUUUAGCAAAAUAUCCUUGAUUUGUAUAGUUAUAUUUCAGAUCCUGAGAUUAAUUCAUACAUAUACCAACUUUGCUAUCUAGUUUACGUUACAGAUGACCAAAUGCUCAAGGAGCUUCUAUAUAAUUAUGCAUUUACCAAUAUUGCAAAUUAUUACCGAUUAGAGUGGACAUUAAAGGCAUUCAAUGAAGAUUCUAAAUUUGAGAAAGUUAAGAAAGGCUUUACUGCUUUUUUGAAGGAAUUAAAAAUAAAGCAUGCAUAAGAACAUGCACUUUAAGGAGGAACAAAUUAAAAGGAGACGAAUAACUUAGAUGCAUUCACGAUAAAUUGUAUCAAAGGCUAUGGGGAGAAACAAGACCAAAUUAUAUUUUAUUUGAUAGAAUAAAGUUUGAGUUUAAAGAAAAUAGAAAUAGAAAAGCAAAAGGAUCAUAUGGGAAAAUUUCUAUAAUAUAUCAAUCAAAUGAUAGUGAGUUUAAGAUUUUAGGACCAACCUGAUUUUAGAGGUUUGACUAUUCCAUUUAAUUAUGGCAAUUUAGAUUCAUUCUUAAUAGUGAAUUUGUUGGAAGAUGAGUUUACUUGCUUCAAUACUGCAAAAAGAGUUCCUUACAAAAUUAUUAUCGAAACAGUAAAUCCAUCCGAGUUACUAUUGAUAUAGAGUGUAAAUCAAUUGGGUGUAGAAGAUUUGGAAGAACUGAUUCCUUUUUAUGAUAUUGAGAAGGAAAUGAGGACCAUUUCAUAGAUAAAGAUAUAUCAAUAAUAUAAUAUUGAGGAAUUAAAGAAAUUGGUUAAUAAGAAAAUAGAUUUCCAAAACUUACAUCAUUUCUAGAAUUUAAACAAGAUCAAGGAUAAAGACAUUUAUGUGUCCAAAUCAUAAAGCAAGUCUAUUUGGGGAGAAGAUUGGAACAUUACAAAGGAGAAAAUUAAAUAGAAUUCUUAAUAUGGGAAUUUGAAAUCUCACGAGGUUAGGUAGAUUAUAAUAAAAGGAGGAGAUGAUCUCAGAAAUGAGCUAUUGAUAAUGUAAAUGAUGAGAAAAAUCUAUGAUAUAUUUAAAUAGAAGUCGACUAAGCUUUUCCUCAGGCCUUAUGAUAUUAUUCUGACCUCGGCGAGUAGUGGAAUAUUAGAAUUCAUUCCGAAUACAGUUUCUUUAGAUAAAAUCAAGAGAGAAAAUCCAAAUCUCACUUUAAGAUAAUUUUACAAAAAGAACUUUGAGAACUUCGAAGAGGCACAAAAGAAUUUUGCAGAAAGUUUGGCAGGAUACUCAUUGAUUUGUUAUUUAUUCCAGUUGAAGGACAGACACAAUGGAAACAUCUUAAUUGAUAAUGAGGGUCACAUAAUUCAUAUAGACUUUGGAUUUGUAUUGACCUUGACUCCUGGCAAUAUUGGAUUUGAGUCAGCUCCAUUCAAAUUAAUAAAUGAGUAUGAGGAGUUAUUAAACGGUAAAGAUAGUGAUAUGUUUGAUUAUUACUAAAUUCUAAUAUUUUCAGGACUUGCCAUUUUGUAAGAACAUGUGACAGAAUUACUUACCUUUGUAAAAUUGAUGCAUUUCAGUCCAAGAAAUAAUCUCUUGGCAUGUCUAGAGAAUUUCAAUUUGAAUGAAUUCAAGAAGAGAUUUCAUGAAAAUGUUGGAGAAAAGAACCUAUAUCCUAUUGUGGAGAGUCUAGUUAAGAAAUCGAGUAAUUCUUGGAAAACUGUGCUAUAUGAUUAUUUUCAAUACUAAACCAAUACUAUUUAUUAUUGA